GUCACACGCUACCCGGAAGUAGAAGCCCACACUGCGAGAGGAAAAAAAGUGGUAGUUUGUAACAUGGCUCUUGGCGACUGUUGGAAGAACUUGUCGUGGUUCUAUCGUCAGUAUCUCCUGGUAACGGCUCUCUACAUGCUGGAACCUUGGGAGAGAACCGUUUUCAACUCUCUGCUGGUGAGCGUGGCGGGCAUGGCGGUGUACACGGGCUACGUGUUCAUGCCGCAGCACAUCAUGGCCAUUGUGCGCUACUUUGAGAUGGUCCAGUGAAGCGGUGCUGACCUCUGACCGUCUGUGUGUCUCACCGAAUAGUCACUUUGAUGUCAAAGGUCAGAGUGGGUGUGGUCGCCAUGUUCACAUCAUUCUGUGAACUCUUUUGACCUUCGGCCAUGUUGGCUUCUAAAGGAAGAAGAUGCACUUGGUUUUUUUUUCACUUUGCUUUUUCUUCCAAUCAAGCACACCUUUGUGCUUUUAUAGAGGAAAACCAUCAUGGACUCUUUCGUGGACCAAUCAGGAGUUAGAAAAUGUGUUUGGACCUUCUUGAUACUCAAUGACAACACAGUAAACAGUAAACAUAUACUGUAUAGUAUGUUUUUAUGUGGUGGAGGGACAUAAAUGAAAUGUCAAAUUUUGCGUCCUAUGUCUCCCACUAGUGGCCUAAGGGUGUAACUCACUUGAUGUUGACUUAAGGACUUUUAACAUUACCGAUCGCCGCUUCACGUUACUCGUGGCAUCGGCUGGAAUAAAGCAUUUUAUUGAUGUUGAGCAGUCAAAUUUUAUUAAACAGACGCAAACACUUUCCUAACUGUCUUUUUUUUCUUGGUGUUGUGUGGUGCUUGUGUACAUUUUUGUAGCUGACACAAGUGUUUGGCAUCAAUAAAGGUACCAGAACAUGG